UAGCAUGUUUUUGGCCCAGAGGAGACUCUGCUUCCUUGACAGUAGAGCAAAAUUCCUGAAGACAAUUUAUUCUUCAAAAAUCCUUGGACUCCCUACUUCUGCUAAGAUGUCUUUGAAAAUCAUCAAUGCAAAACGAAUUGAAGGCCUUGAUAGUAAUGUGUGGAUUGAAUUUACAAAGUUGGCUGCAGACCCCUCUGUUGUGAAUCUUGGUCAAGGCCUUCCAGAUAUAUCCCCUCCUAUGUAUGUAAAGGAGAAAUUAUCGGAGAUUGCAGCAAUUGAUAGCCUGAACCAGUAUACACGAGGCUUUGGUCAUCCAUCACUUGUGAAAGCUCUAGCCUGCUUAUAUGAAAAAUUUUAUCAAAAUCAAAUCAAUCCAAAUAAAGAAAUCCUUGUGACAGUAGGAGCGUAUGGCUCUCUUUUUAAUGCCAUUCAAGGAUUAAUUGAUGAGGGAGAUGAAGUCAUAAUAAUAAUGCCUUUCUAUGACUGUUAUGAGCCUAUGGUGAGAAUGGCUGGAGCAACACCUGUUUUUAUUCCGCUAAGAUCUAAACCUGUCAAUGGGAAAAAAUGGUCUAGUUCUGACUGGACAUUGGAUCCUCAAGAACUGGCAAGUAAAUUUAAUUCUAAAACCAAAGCUAUUAUACUGAAUACUCCACAUAACCCCAUUGGCAAGGUAUAUAACAAAGAGGAACUCCAAAUAAUUGCUGACCUUUGCAUCAAAUAUGACACACUCUGCAUCAGUGAUGAGGUUUAUGAAUGGCUUGUAUAUACUGGAAAUAAGCAUUUAAAAAUAGCUACUUUUCCAGGUAUGUGGGAGAGAACAAUAACAAUAGGAAGUGCUGGAAAGACUUUCAGUGUAACUGGCUGGAAGCUUGGCUGGUCCAUUGGUCCUGAUCAUUUGAUAAAACAUUUACAGACGGUUCAACAAAACAGCAUUUAUACUUGUGCGACUCCUUUACAGGAAGCCUUGGCUCAAGCUUUUUGGAUUGACAUCAAGCGCAUGGAUGACCCAGAGUGUUACUUUAAUUCUUUGCCAAAGGAGUUAGAAGUAAAAAGAGAUCGGAUGAUACAUUUACUUGAAAGUCUUGGCCUAAAACCCAUAGUUCCUGAUGGGGGAUACUUCAUAAUUGCUGAUGUGUCUUUGCUAGAUGCAGACCUCUCUGAUAUGAAGGACAGCAAUGAACCUUAUGACUAUAAAUUUGUGAAAUGGAUGACUAAAAAUAAGAAACUAUCAGCCAUUCCAGUUUCAGCAUUCUGUAAUGCAGAGACCAAAUUACAGUUUGAGAAGUUUGUGCGAUUUUGCUUCAUAAAAAAAGAUAGUACACUGGAUGCUGCUGAAGAAAUCAUUAAGGCAUGGACUAGACAGAAGUCUUGAUACAAGCGGACUGUUUCUAUUAGAUGACCUAAUAUAGAAUUAUUAUUUAGUGCUGCCAUCUCCUGAUUUUGAAAACAAAUAUUUUGGUACCAAUGAAAUUUGAAGAAAUAUUUCCAUUGUUUUCCAAAA